GUGAUUCCACGCAUGUCAAAUGACCUUUCAUAUCACGUGGUACUCACAGUAUAUAUGAUGUCAGAAGUAUCCCCAGUGUCGUGUCCAUGACAAUAUGACCAUGGUGCCAGAGCUAAAGUAACAAGUCUUGCGGUGCCUAGAGCAUCUGUCAAGACUAGUCUCCUCUACAAGUUGAGGAGGUGCAGUAGAUGCUGCUGAGGAUCAACGACCUCCUGACAUGCGUGAACACCACGCUGCGACUACUACGACUGUAUACAAUGCUGCGAAUCACGGAGGGCUCUUUUGGCCGAACCACGAGCCAUAUCUUCUUCACUAAAAAUAAAAUCGGCACGGGAGCCUCGAGCGACGUUUUCAUCGGCGUUGAAAAAGCGACAGGCGACACUCACGCCCUGAAGAUCUUCAAGGAUGCCCAGUGGAGCAACUCUCAAGAAAACAUUCGAGAAGUUGAAGCUUUGACGAAAAUGUCCCAUCGAAACAUUGUGGGGUAUUUUAGACGAGAAGAGGAGUACGGCACCGGUAAAAGUGUUCUGGUGAUGGAGUACUGCUCGGGGGGAAGCCUGCACUCCUUUCUCCAACAGCCAGAGUAUAUGAAUGGCCUUGAUGACAAACAGUUCCUCAUCUUUCUAAACGAUACGUGUCAAGGAUGGAAGUAUCUCCGACAACGUGGCUUUGUCCACCGCGACAUCAAGCCGGGGAACAUAUUGCGGGAUGAGAAGCCAGAUUCUAGUGUGGUCUACAAGCUGGCUGACUUUGGGGCCAGCAAGAGAGUUGACAAGGACAAUGGCGAGUUUAUGUCUCUCGCUGGCACCGAGGAGUAUCUGCAUCCAGCGAUGUAUGAAAAGGCCUUCAUGGGUAGCGGUGGCAAUACGGUGUUCAACGAGUCCGCAGAUCUCUGGAGCCUCGGCGUCACCAUCUACCACGCCUGCACCGGCGACAUCCCCUUCAAACCUUACGGCGGCGUCCGCAAGAAUCGAAGUGUCAUGUUCAUGAUGAUCACAUGCAAACCACCAGGGACGAUAUCAGGAGAGCAACGUUCGCCCUCUGAAGACAUCAGGUGGAAGAGGACGCUACCAGACACAUGCAAUCUGUCACCGGCUAUUCGAGAGGGGACGGCGUCGAUUAUAGCUGGUCUGUUAGAAGCAGAUCGGAAUCGGCAGUGGACGUUCCAGACACUGGAGAACUCUGUACAGCGGCUGGUCAGUCUGAAGAAGUUCACAGUAAUCAGUGCUGAAGAUGCGGCACUCCACAACAUCUAUACCUCACGAUCACCUAGCAUGUCCGAGCUUCAGGAAGCCAUUGCCAUGGUGACGGAAGUUCCAGCUCCGCACCAAAUGCUCUUCCAUCGUGACCAGCGCCUGUGGGAAGUGGUCAGUACUAGUUAUCCGUUGACAUCAGUCAACGCAGACGAAGAAGAACCAGUCAUCCUAGUCAACAAAUACGAAUCCGAGGAGGACAGUCGCUCCAACCGUGCUCUAGAUCAACCAUCAACGUUUGGAGCCCGUCCAUCUCUAGAUUCCGACAUGAAGACAGCGUCUAAACUCUGUGUGUUUGUGUUCCGCCUCCUCCUACAAGUGAUCGCCUCAGCCAGGGUGGAGAAGGGUCAGCAGCGAGCUAAGCUGUCACUGUGGUCCUGGAAAUAUUUGUUUACAAAAGGUAGAAAAGUUCCGGGUUUUGUCCGAAAACGUGCCAAGAGAGGUUGUAAGUCCCGCUUCGAAAUGAUGAGAUGUUACGAAUCGACAAGGAAGGAAAUCAGCCGUGAAUCCAACACGACUAUAACACAGAACACAAGCACAGCGAAACAGUUGAUAUUUACAAUCCAUCGGAAACUUUGUCUGCUGAAGAAAGAAAUAUGUACUUUUAGAAAAAAUCUGAACGAAGAUUUCGAUUUAUCGGCCAUGAACUCAGGGAGUUUGGAUCAAUCUGAAAGUCCCAAUACGCUGAAAAGCAUGUUUGAAGAAGCAAAAUCUAUUUUACGAAGAAUCCGAAGCAGGAAAAGUUCGCUUCCGCUGUCGGAAUGUGAAGAACUUAUGCACAAGAAGGACAGGAGGGACUUAGAACAGCUGUGCCAACAAAGCAUAUCUUCCUGGCAGAACCACUACAUGUGUCACAAACACCCAUCACAUCUCAAGUUCAAGAAAUUCAAGAGGGUGUAUCUGGAGCAUCAGGAAAGGCUGCUACAUUUCCACAAGAUGCUCGAGGAUCUAGAGUUGGAGAGUACAGUUUUUACUGAAAAACUUAAUGAGUUUGGACAAUCGUCGGACAUUGCUUGGAGACAUAUAGCUUCAAGUAUUGCCACGUUGUUUCAGUGUGAUCCAUCUCCGCGUCCACAGCACAGCGUCAGGCACCUGACAGAAGAAAUGCGAAAGCAAUAAAAACGGUUUAGGGACCUUAUGGACCAUCUACCUGAACUGGAGGUGCUUAACAUUGAUGUCUAAAUACAUAUCGACAUGCGUGUGCUUUAGAAGGACUAAGACAUAUGGACAUACAAGAGCCGGGCCUUGUUAUCGUGGCGCAUAUGUUAUAUUGUGUGUGUAAUGUGGAGUGUUGGAGAUGCUGACAUAUAUACAAACAUUGUGUUGGCUGGACAUAUGUAAACUCAAGUGCUAUGCAAAAAAGCAAAUCUGUGAUAUACUCUGCUGACAACAGGUCAGUGAGUCUGUGUACGUCAAUCUGUGAAACACUCUCCGUCAGACAAUAGAAGUGUGACGAGAUAAGUACAUCCCGAAGCAGCUUUGUCACGUGAUGUCUGGAUAUCGCAACAAAGCAAAGCUACAAUAACAAGGGAUGUACGGAUCUUACCGUAAUACACAAUGUAUUGGCCUACAAACAUCAACAGGGUUAUCUGCCAUGGAACCGUAUCAAGAUCCAUCCUAAACUGUGCAUUCAUAGCCCGACCUUGGAGGAAGACAGUCAGCGAGAAGCGUGACCUGAUACAGGAUCAGUGCUUGGAUAUUGGAUUUAUGGCUGAAUCCUGGGUUAAACCAAAUGGCGAUGGAGCUCUCAGAAGAAAUAACGCAUGUUGGUAGUUGUAUCAUCGGCAUCUCAUGAUGCAUUUAUUCAUCGUGUAAUAGUCUGACGACAAUGGUUAUGAUUCAGAUCCAUUUUGAUUCAACCUCUGUAAAUGUCUAUGAUCUCAAAAGCUCUGAUUUCUAUGGUGAUGAUCUUUUGUCUGAUAAAUAAUGUGAAUUAUAAUGUUUUACAUUAAUAAAAGUGCAUACACCUUU